AUGGAUAAAAGAGCCUGCAAUAGUUCAGAUGAUUCCCCCUCCUCUUUUUAUCUGAUGGGCAUCCCCUCACUUCCAGAAUCAUUCAACCUCCUGGUUUUCUUCAUCUUCCUCAUCCUCUAUCUCCUUAUUGUUACUGGCAAUAUUCUGAUCCUGGUGGCUGUGGUGCUUGACUCCAACCUUCACAAGCCCAUGUACUUCUUCCUGACUAACCUGUCGGCACUGGACAUCCUCUUUACCACAACCACCAUCCCCAGGAUGCUCUCCCUCUUCUUGCUAGGGGAGCGAAUCCUCUCGUUCCCAGCCUGUUUCCUGCAGAUGUACUUUUUCCACGGGUUUGGUUGUGGGGAAGCCUUUAUCCUGGUGGUCAUGGCCUAUGACCGCUAUGAAGCUAUCUGCCACCCGUUGCACUAUGCAGUCCGCAUGACCCCACAGGUCAAUGCCAAGCUAGCAGUGGGUGCCUGGCUGGCUGCCCUCCUGCUGCCAAUCCCAGCUGUGGUCCAGUCAUCCCAGAUGACCUUUGGCACUCUGGCCCAGGUCUUCCACUGCUUCUGUGACCACCUGGCAGUGGUACAGGCCUCCUGCUCGGACCCCACCUUCCAGACAUUCCUGGGGUUCUGCUGCGCCAUGGCCGUUUCCUUCACACCCCUGGUGUUGGUGGUCCUCUCCUAUGCCCGAAUUCUCACUUCUAUCCUGAAGAUCAGCUCAAAAGAGGGCCGGGCCAAAGCCUUCUCCACCUGCACAUCCCAUCUCCUUGUUGUUGGCACCUACUAUACAUCCAUUGCUGUGGCCUAUGUGGCCUACAGGGCUGACCUUCCUGUGGACUUUCAUAUCAUGGGGAAUGUGGUAUAUGCCAUCCUCACACCUGUGGUGAACCCCCUUAUCUACACCCUGAGGAACAAGGAUGUCAAAGCAGCCAUCACCAAAGUCAUGAUUCCCUGGUAA